AACAUGCUAUCUCUCUUUAGAGUAAACUGAAGACAUGGAUCCCAGUAAAGGCAGAGGCCGUGGCCUUGCCAUGAUGAUGGCACUGAAGAAGUGCCAAAACUUGGACUCUGGAUCAGAUGGGUCUCCGGACGCCACGCCCGGAGCAAGCGUUGUGAGUGCAACAACAAUCGCGCCCUCCUCGGUUGGCGGGGGUGGACGCGGCCAUCUUCUGGCCAUGCUCGCCAAAAGACAGCAGCCACCUGGACCCCCAACAUUUAGUCCGGCCUCUGAUGUAGCGCCGCCCGCAGCCGCACCAGGUGUUGCACCUAAAGCGUCUGGUACUGGGAGGGGGAAGAUGUUCCAGCAGUUACAAGCGCGAAUGGCAGCAACAGCGCCGAAAGCGGCCGAUCAGCACGGCCACAGCCAGAACAGCCGUGACGUCGCAAGCUUGACGCACAAGAUGGCCGCCAGCACGGUGUCAGGCACCUCCGUGCAGCCCUCCUCCGUGGCUAGGAACAAACCUUUUAGUGAAGUGAAAGACACCCCUCCGGUGGUAAAGAUGGGUCAAUCCGGGGAUCCCUGUGAAGUGACUGCCAACUACAUCCGUCUCAACUUUGAGGAGAACAGUGUCUUUGAAUACGAAGUGACUUAUCACCCAGACCAGGACUACAGAGCGCUGCGGUUCAAGCUACUAAAUGAACACAGCCAAUAUUUCAAAACUAAGACUUUUGAUGGCACCACACUGUACGUGCCGCACAUGCUGCCAGAGGAGGCUCUGAAUCUCGUGUCGACGAACCCUUAUGACGAGUCGAAAGUCAAUAUAAAGAUCAUAUUCCGACGCACACGCCGCCUCAGCGAGAUGGUGCACCUGUACAACGUGCUGUUCAAGCAAAUCAUGAAAGAUUUGAACAUGGUGCGAUUCGGCCGGCAGCAUUUCAACGAACACCUUGCUGUCCAAAUCCCACAGCAUAAGCUGGAAGUUUGGCCCGGUUACGUGACGACGGUGAACGAGUUCGAAGGCGGUCUUAUGUUGUCUCUCGACUCGACCAGCAGAGUUCUCCGCACACAAUCCGUGCUGAGCUUCAUCAAAGAGACGGUCCAGGCUAAAGGAUCCAACUGGAAACAAGCGAUGACGGAAAUGCUCAUCGGCUGUUCCGUCAUGACGACUUAUAACAAAAAGCUGUUCAGGGUCGACAGCAUUGACGACACGAUGACGCCCAGAUCCACUUUUGAAAAGAAAGAAGGAGGGGAAAUGGUGACAAUAAGCUACAUCGAUUACUACAAAAAGAACUAUGGAAUCGAAAUCAUGGAUCUGGAUCAGCCCAUGCUGAUAUCUAGAGAAACGAAGCGCAUGCCCGGCUCGGAAGUGCCCACGGACUUCCUGAUAUGCCUCGUGCCGGAGCUCUGUCAGUUGACGGGGCUCUCGGACGACCAGCGGAGCAACUUCAGGCUGAUGAAGGAUGUGGCCACCUACACCCGCAUCGACCCAAACCAGCGGCAUGCUGCUUUUAAAAAAUACAUACAAAACGUGCUCGACAACGAAAGCGCCCGCAACCGCCUAAAGGGCUGGGGUCUCAGCAUACACCCAGACACCGUGAAGCUGGCCGCCCGCACGCUUGCCCCGGAGACUCUGUACUUCGGCAACAACCGCACAGUUGAAGGCAAACCUGAUGCGGACUGGAACAAUGAUGCCACCAGGAACACUGUGAUGCAGGCGGUUGACAUCAUACGAUGGGCGAUCAUUUACACCAAGAGGGAUGAGCAAGUCACGCAGAACUUCCUGGGCACCCUCCGCCGCUGCUGCGGCCCCAUGGGCGUGAUGGUGCAGCAGCCCGAGAUGGUGAUGCUGCCCACCGACCGCACGGAGACCUACGUGCAAGCACUCAAGAAGACCAUCAACUCCUCCAUCCAGCUUGUGGUCUGCAUGUGCCCCACGUCCCGUGACGACCGCUACGCUGCUAUCAAGAGGAUCUGCUGCGCGGAGAACCCUGUACCGUCACAGGUUAUAAACGCCCGCACCGUCAUGAACGAAAAGAAAGUCAGGGCCGUCACGCAGAAAAUCCUGCUGCAAAUCAACUGCAAACUUGGAGGCACUCUGUGGAGCAUCGCCAUACCGUUCAAGACGGCCAUGGUCGUCGGCAUCGACAGUUACCACGACGUCGGGCGGAAGAAGCGUAGCGUGUGUGCUUUCGUAGCGUCAUAUAACCAGUCGAUGACCCACUGGUACUCGAAGGCGGUGUUCCAAGAGCGAGGGCAGGAAAUCGUGGACGGCCUCAAGUCGUGUUUAGUGGACGCGCUGAAACACUACCUGCGCGUCAAUGGACGCCUGCCCGACAGGAUCAUCAUGUACAGAGAUGGCGUCGGGGACGGCCAACUGAAAGUGGUCCAAGACUACGAGAUCCCUCAGAUGAAGAUCUGCUUUAACGUGGUGGGCGAGACGUACAAGCCGACGCUGACGUACAUCGUGGUGCAGAAGAGGAUAAACACACGAAUCUUCGCGCGCGGCCGCGACGGACUCGCUAACCCGCGACCUGGGACUGUGCUAGACCACACGGUCACCAGGAGGGACUGGUACGACUUCCUGAUCGUCUCCCAAAAGGUGAACCAAGGCACGGUCACACCGACGCACUACGUGGUCGUUCACGACGACAGCGGCCUGACGCCCGACCAGUGCCAGAAGAUAACCUACAAAAUGUGCCACCUGUACUACAACUGGCCCGGCACCGUCCGCGUCCCGGCGCCCUGCCAGUACGCGCACAAGCUGGCCUAUCUCGUCGGACAAAACAUACACGAGCAACCUUCCGAGGCGCUGUCGGAUAGACUGUUCUUCCUAUAA